AUGGCCGACGAUCAGAGAGUGUCGUCUCUUUCAGAGACGCAAGAUAUCAUCCUUUGCACCUUGAUGAUCUUCUCAGGUGUUCUCUCAGUAUUUGGAAGCUCCACAAUUGUCUACCGGGUACUAAAGAAUCCAACGGGAACCAACAGUUAUGUUCGCAUCAUGCUUGGUCUUUCUUUCUUCGAUAUAGUAGCAUCGAUUGCUUUCAUCUUGACACCGUUCAUGCUACCAGCGGAAACGAGUCACCGCGUCUGGGCAAGUGGGACUGCUGUUACUUGCUCUUUCCUUGGAUGGAUGACACAACCUACAUUUGGGGUGCCAUUUGAUUUGUACAGAGAGGUCCGACUAGGUAUGCGAGAUUCUGUGAAUUUGCAUUUCUACUGUAGCGUUGUCGAAAGUUUGCCUCGAGACUCACCGCCAUGCUUUUGCUUGAACUUGAAGGACAUGGCUGCUGGAUUGCGGAUGUUCCGGGAAACUGUUGGGUUGAAGGUGGCUGCGUUGGACCGACCAUCGGUUGGUUUUACGGAGGACUGA